AUGGCGUCGUCUACCACUCCUACUCCUGCAUCCCAGCCCACUCGUGCUUCUUCCAGACUGGGUCCUUGGAUACGAUUGAAUGGACUUUCUUAUUCUCAGUUGCCCGAGGCAGGUAUAGGUAUCGAAGCAGCCAGUGGAGCUAUAAAGCCGUUGAACGGUGGUGGUCAUCCUACUAGAAACGCGAAGACAUUUAUCACGGCAGUACUCGAAGAGGCGAUCCCGUUUCUUAACGGAAUGGUCCAGAAUGAACCACCCUGGAAAUUGCUCAAGUCUAAGACGGACGUUCAGUUGUAUAAACGUGUCGUUUCCAAGGAAGAACUAGAUUAUUGCAAUGGGACACACGAUAAAGCAACAGAGAAAGCAAAUGAGGAAGGGGAGACUUGGUUUGCUAGACGAAGUAUUCAUGAAAAUAAAGCAGAAACGAAUACAGCUUCUUGGGACGAAUUUACUCUCCACAUCAAGCAAGAACACUUUGAGAGAGAGAAAGAUUGGUGUCACUCUGUGCUCGCCAGUAGCAGGAGAGCUAUGUACUGGGAAACGAGCGAUUUCGAGAUUGUGGCUGGUGGAAAGCAAUGGAACAACAUCUCAAUGGAAGUGGUAGAAAUGAUCCAUAAGCCCCCGGUUGUCUCUGAGCGAAAGUUUCCUGAGGUACUGAUUACUGCAUCACUUAACGAACCUGGACGGCAUGAAUUUUUGGUUAUUUCAAUACCCAUAACCGAUUCGGCCAAUGCCCGGUCACAAAAUUCCAGCUUCCAAGAAUCCGGUUUCGCCUCCGCCAAAAAGAAAGGUCAAGUUGUGGGGGCUUACGCAUCGAUUGAACGAUGUUGUCUUCGUCCUAGCCCUAAUAGUACAGUUGGGGAGAUAGAGUGGAUAAUGGCUACUGCUUCAGAUGCCAAAGGCUGGAUACCUCAAUUGAUACAGAAGCCCAAUAUACCAGGCCAGAUUCAAAAGGAUGUGAGCAUGUACAUGCGUUGGGUCGAAGAUCAACGGAUGACAAUACCUGACGUUCUUCCACGAUGA